AUGGCCACGAAGGUAGCACAGAAGAGGUAUGCCAAAGCAGAGAUGAAAGAUCUACCCGAUAUGGGCAAAGGUAACCCUCCAUCUGCCUCCGUAAGUUGUUCCGUUCUUUAG